CUCUUCUUUCUUCUUCUUUCUAUGUUUUUUUGCUUUGUGCUCAGGCCAAAAGAUCGAUUGCAAACAUGUACAGCCUUUUACACUUGAUGUAUUCGCUUCACCACCAUCUUCUGGUUCAGUUUGAGAAAUUUAGCUCUGCAAGAUGUUGCAACCCCUUUUCCUCCUGCUCCUUUCCGCGGGAACCAUCUUCCACCUGGUGCAUGCCGAUUUGGAGUUCACAACAUCAUUUGCGCAAGAGUGUACACCUCUUAAUAUAACAUGGAAGCCUGACAUGAACGCUUUCCCUUAUAGCGUUUACUUCAUGGUCAUAGGAGCACAAGUACAAAGUUGGCAAUUAAAUUCAGAUUACCAACCAAACGCCCAAGAAAUUACCUUUCAGUAUGUCUUACCAAAAAGUGGGGGAACAUUUCAACAUUUCUUGGUUGCCGUCGUGGAUAGUAAGGGAAAUGGGAACACUUCACAAGUUCUUACGCCAAAAGCUCUCAGCAAUCACCCUUCUAAUUGUAGCAAUUUCGCCUUGAGUCAACAAUGGACAUACGCUUCCGACUUGAUAUCACCGAAAGGCGCAAGCGAUCAGGACAGAUUGGAAUGUGCCUUGCUAAGCUACUAUCCCGUCGAUCAACUCUCCGGGACUGCACCAUUCUCAUAUUCUUUGGUCCCGGUACAAGAUAAACCAAUAACAGUCAAUAUUCCCAAAUCAGCGCAAACAAGUUCAUCGUACUUUUACUAUGAGAGUAUUUUACCUCUCAAGCAAGGCACAAGCUUUUAUCAGUUCAUGUCUGACUCGCAAGGAAGUGGAGAUGGAGGAGGCAGUGCAUUAUUCACCGUUGGACCGGGUCAAAAUGGCUCAUGCGUGCAAAGUGGCUUCAAGCAAAAAGAUCUAGAUACAACCCAUGCUUUGCCGGCCGGGUCAAAUUUAGCAUCCUUUCAGAAUCUUCCGGGGGCCAUUGCUUCUGCGCCAGAUGAUAGCGGUAGUAAUGUCACAUCAAACAAUAUGAACAAUGCUUUCAGCGGACAAAGUACACAAACUUAUGGAGCAAAGCAUCUCGGAGGUGUGCUAGGAGGAAUCCUUGGAGCUUUGUUUGGCCUGCUUUUGCUAGCAUUCAUCAUAUAUCGCGUAUAUCGAAGACAUCAAAAGAACAAGCAACAAUCGCACAGAAUGGAAAAUGCACAAUUCGUUGAUCUAGGAGAAAGCAUUCUCGAGCAAGGCCCAUCAAGCAUUAGGCAAUCAACAUUAAUCUCCCCUUUUCUUCACGCUUCAAAUGGAUCUGCUCACGGCGAAGUACCAAACGAGGAUCAUCAGAACUCGAUCGGUCUAAUACCGAUCAGUCAAAGUGAAAAUUCCAGUGCGUUGAGCACAUCUCUUGGAGAUCGGAGUGGCACAGGAUUGCGACGUGUUGCGAAAUCGGAUUUGACUAGAUCUGGAUCUGACUAUGGUUUGUCUUUAGCCAACUACACAAGUGAUGCAUUCGAAGCACUUCUGGACCCUGCAAACGAUUCAGGUAAUCAAUCAGGGUCCUUGCAGCAUGGGAGACAUCAGUCGCAAGGCAGUGAUGCUGACGAUUCUAUGCGAUUUCGGUCAGGUAGCAUGUACUCUUCUACAAGCAACCCUGUCAGUAUAAACGGCGUCUUGGCUGAGAACGAGAUUUCAACCGCUGAAGCGAAUAUGAAUUCGAUGCACGACUUUUCACCCACAACAGAUACUAUGGACCAGCCUGCGGGUGUGAUUAACCGUGAGAGCCGUGAUACAAGAACAAGAGCUUCUUCUACUCUGAUACGAAUGAGCAAUGAAAGCGUUCAGACACCAGAUUCUCGGUACGUAGAGCAUUUUGAUGCAGGACCAGUAACGCAUGACAUUCCACCGCCUUAUAAAUUUCGAAGUGAUCAACCAAGUUCGCCAAAGACCUGA